AUGCCCGUCUCGGUUGGGAUCCUCUCCAUUGGAGAUAUGGGUCUGGGGAUCGCCAGGCUAUUGCAGGCGCACGCAUAUCGCGUGCUGACAGUGGCAGCGGGCAGGAGCCAAGAUACGCUGGAUCGCAUCCGCUCCGCUGCCAUCGAAGAUCUCCCCUCGGAUCAGGACCUCGUCAUCCAAUCCGACUACAUUCUCUCGAUUGUCCCGCCGCGGGAUGCCCUCGCGACGGCCCGUCGCAUAGCCGAUGCUUGUCAGCUGCCGGAUACGACAGCUAAGAGAGCAGAAAGACUUGGCAGUAACCCCGAAGGAGCAACGGCCAAACCGUACUUUUUCGAUCUCAAUGCGACUUCACCUCGUCUGGCGCGAGAGAUCGCAUCGUUAUUCUCCAAGAGUCCGUCUGAUGGCCAGGUCCUGUGCCACUUCCUCGAUGGCGGAAUCAUCGGAGGACCCCCCGUGCAAGACGCUGCCACUCAGACGUGGAAGAAACCCAGCCUGGUCCUCUCCGGCUCGGUCGACCUCCCGCCCACGUUUGCAUCCCUUUCGGAGACGCUCAACAUGAAGCUGGUGUCGCCCAAGAUCGGCUCUGCGUCAACGCUCAAACUCACCUUUGCCGCGUUGACCAAGGGCCUGACGGCGCUGUCGAUCCUCUCCUUCUCCACGGCGCAGGCGGAGGACCUCCUGCCGGAACUACUGCAGCACCUCGACGAGUAUUCGCCGCAUACGGCGGCGCUGAGCAAGAAAGGCGUGACGGGGAUGCCGCCCAAGGCGUAUCGCUGGGUCGAGGAGAUGCGCGGAAUCGGAGAGGCGUUCGACACGGAGGGCCACUGGCACGGACUGGGCCGCAGCGUCUACGAUGCCUUUGCGGAGGUGUAUCGAACGGUCGCGGAGGAGACCAUCCUGGGGGAGGAGAAGAAGUUAGCGGCCAUCCACGAUCCGCCCAGGCAGGGCGAUGCUGCGCUGCUGCUGCCUCUGCCUGCCUGCCUGCGCGUGGCCUCGCCAGGGCCGAAUCACCGUCUGCGCUCUGCUGCCCCGUGUGCGCUUCCCCUCUCGAGCCCGUCGUGCGAUUCCGGGGUUGCAACUGGCAGGCCUGGCGACGAGCCACUGGCAACGUGGAUCGCUCGAGCAUCUGAAAAAACCGAGUCGAAUCGCAUUGCACAACCGACCCGUGCGCCGGACCAUGACAGAAAGCAGCCUGCGUCCUCGCAGUCGGCCCUCAGCUCUGCCCGGCUGCAGCACUUCAACUAUUACCUCUCGUCGUCGGCCACGGAGCGGCGCCACUAUUCGUUCGACACCGACCCCGAGGCCAGACGCUUUUCCUCCAGCACUGCUCCCAUCAUGGACUAUGACCAGACCGAGGGCCUGGGUGGUAUCUCCGUGAGCUCUUACGACAGCAUCGAAGACGACCGCAGCCCUGUCGAGCCCGCUGUGCGAGCAUAUCCUUACCACGACAAACCCGUCAACUACCCCAUGUCCGAGCAAAUGCUUCCCUACUCGGCACCACCCAUCUACCCGUCCGUCCCAUAUCAGAUCGACGAUCUCGGCCACGCCCCGGGGAACUACACCCCGUCGGACGUGUCGUCGAUCUCGCCGCCCAAUGGUCAGGUCGGCAACAACAAGUACAGCACCGUGCCGCCGGGAGACCGGAUAGCGCGCGCCCUCACGAUCGAAGAGCAGAAGCGGCUGGCCGCCGAGGAAGACAAGCGACGACGAAAUACAGCAGCCAGCGCGCGUUUCCGCGCCAAGAAGAAGCAGCGCGAGCAGGCGCUGGAGCGCACCGUGCGCGAGGCGACAGAGCUGAACGCGACGCUCGAGGCGCGUGUCGCGCAGCUGGAGAUGGAGAACCGGUGGCUGAAGAACCUGCUGACAGAGAAGAACGAGAACCUGGCGGCCCGCAUGGGGACGACGGCGCCGCCGCUGCCGCUGCCACCCGAGAACAGCGCGAUGAUGGCAAGCCAAGGCACGAACUCGAAUACUAGCACGAAUACGAGCGGCACCGGCAAUGAAAAACCCAUCCUGCCCAAACGCGACGUGGGCGUGGGGACCGACAGUUAG